UGCAGAGGGGAAAGGAGGCGGAAGAAGUGGAAGAAGUGCUCUGCUCCUGGACUAAACUCUUUUCACCUCUCCUUGCUUCUCCAGUGAGCUGCUGCUAAGAUCUCCUUUUGAUCUCUGCACCUGUUGCAACUCAUCAGCCAGGUGAAGGGGAUUAUAUCUCUCUCAGCCAUUACUUUUUCAGCUGUCGUUCCAGGAGAGCUGUGGAUCUCAUUUAGUUAAAUUGCAGGACAAUUGGACUGCUCUGCCUCCCUCUUCCUCCCUCCCUCACUAUUUUCUUCUCUCUGUGUCCAGCCCUGCCUCAUGCUCUGAGUGAGUCUGUGUCUGGCUGUGGCUUGGAGCUCCAGAAUCUUCCUCACCGGAGAGAAGGCAUGGAACACUAGAGUAGAAAACUGAGAGGUAGAAUUCUGUGAUAUAAUUCAGAUAUAGAACACUUCGGUAGAAUUUCUGAGUAGCUUUCUGAGCUGGAACUUCUAGCAAGAUUUUGGGAAAUCUGAACUAGAAUACAGAGCUGGAAUACUUAAUCGGAACACUGAGCUGGAACUUUUCAGUGGAACAUUGAGGUAGAAUCCUGAGGCAGGUAGAGUAAGGAGGAUGGGAGGUCAUACUGCAGUGGUGUGUUUGGUUCUGCUGGCCCUAUUCUGUGUGCUACUGCCCAGAGCAGGGGAGAGUGCAGGAGGCAUUGUCUCUUUAGGCCAGGCUGUAGAGGAGAUAGGGAUGGAGGCCCUAUAUAGACAGGAGUCCCAGGAUGAACCAGUUAAAGAAGAGGAUCUCACAGAGACACAAAGCCAGACUAGCAAGGAAAAGAGAGCCACAGAGGAGGAUGCCCUACCAGCCAGGGUCAGGAGAGCCGAAGAGGAAGAGGAGGGCAAAGGGGAUAAAAAGAAGGGCAAGAAAGACAAGAAAGACAAGAAAGACAAGAAAGACAAGAAGAACAAGGAGCCCAAAGUGCCCAAGGCCACCAAGAAGCCUAAAGCAGACAAAAAGCCAAAGAAGGGCAAAGAAAAGGAGCCACGGACAGAAGCACCUACAACUCCACCACCCACAACUACCACACUACCACCUACAACUACCACACCACCACCUACAACUACUACAGAGGUGUACACAGAAGCAGCUCCCACAGAACCUGACCCAUACCCAGACUACCCCUACCCAGACAACGAGGAUGACUACUGGAAGCCAGAUGAGGAGGAGCCCGCAGGCCCAGUGGUCGACCCAGAAGAUGACUAUUGGAAGGGAGAGGACCCAAUGGCCACGCCCCCCACUCCUGUGGUGGAUGGAAAGGUGGACAAGGGAGACGAGGACUACUGGGACGCCAGAUACGAGGUGCCCGAGAAUCUUCCUUUCCCUGAUGGUAAAGAGGUCGUCCCCACAGAGAAAGAUGACUGGAGCUACGCUGUUACAGAGGAGCUUGUUACACCACCACCCACCUAUGAAAGCCCAUGGUACGAGGAGUAUGACUACGGCCAUAGUGGUGGACAGACGAAAAAACAGGAGGAGAGAGAGAACCAAAGGAAAGAAAAGGAGAGAGAGGAUAGAGAGAGAGCUCAGCAGAGGAGGGAAGAGGAAGAGAGGGCCAAAGCCAAGAAGAGACCACACGUAUUCAAGGAACCCAAAAAGUGUCCUCCCCUGGGUAUGGAGUCUCAUAGGAUAGAAUCAGACCAGCUGCUGGCCUCCUCCAUGUCUCACUACCGCUACAGCCAAGCCAGGGCACGACUCAACAUACAGGCUUCGGAUGAUGAGGAGGACAUGCAUGGUGGGGCGUGGUGUCCUAACCCAGAGGACAAUAUUCACUGGUUUGAGAUGGACGCUCGCAGAGCAACAGAGUUUACUGGGAUCAUAACACAGGGACGAGACUCACGCAACGAGAGUGACUUUGUGACAUCGUACUACGUGCAAUUCAGUAAUGACAGCAGAGAAUGGAAAACCAUCCAUGACGGUUACUCUGACUGGGUGAUUGUUUUUGGUAACUCUGAUAAGGAUACCCCUGUGCUGAAUCAGUUAGCUGAGCCCAUACUAGCACGCUACAUCAGAGUUAUCCCUCAGAGCUGGAAUGGUAGUUGCUGUAUGAGGCUGGAGGUACUAGGCUGCCCACUGCCUGGUGAGCUGCAGAAUGAGGUGACUCCCGUCCAGUACCUGGACUUCAGACAUCACAACUACUCAGACAUGGUCACGAUGAUGAAGUCUGUGUCUGAGGAGUGUCCCAACAUCACCAGUAUGUACAGCCUGGGUCGCAGCUCCAACGGACUGGACAUCCUGGCCAUGGUGAUAUCAGGCAACCCCACAGAACACGAGAUAGGUGAGCCGGAGUUCCGCUACACGGCCGGUCUCCAUGGAAACGAGGCGACGGGGCGGGAGAUGGUUCUUCUUCUGUUGCAGUACCUGUGUAAGGAGUACAAUGAUGGCAACCCCAGAGUGCGCCGCCUGGUGGAGGGAAUACGUAUCCACCUGGUGCCCUCACUCAACCCUGAUGGGCAGGAGAAGGCCCUCACAGUGGGUUCCGAGCUGAGUGGUUGGACAACAGGCCACUGGACGGAGGACGGCCAUGACAUCUUCCAGAACUUCCCUGACCUGAACAGUGUUUUGUGGGAGGCCGAGGACAAGGGCAUGGUGCCCAAACUGACCCCCAAUCACCAUGUCAAGAUCCCUGCAGAUCAAGAGGGGGAUGACAGGAUUGCUGUGGAGACUCGAGCCAUCAUCUUGUGGAUGGAGAGCCACCCAUUCGUACUGGGGGCCAACUUCCAGGGGGGAGAGAGGUUUGUGGCGUACCCCUACGACAAUCACCGCCUAACCAAGACCGCCGGCGCCAGCACCAGAGAGGGCAAGAGAGAGAGGGCACAGAGCCGCAAGAAGAGACAGUACGAGGAGUUUGAGGAGCCGGUGGAAGAUCAUAGAAACAGGGGAUACCAGCAGCCAGAAGAAGACCAGUGGAACAGGGGAUACCAGCAGCCGGAAGAGGACCAGUGGAACAGGGGAUACCAGCAGCCAGAAGAAGACCAGUGGAACAGGGGAUACCAGCAGCGAGAAGAAGACCAGUAUAACAGGAGAUACCAGCAGCCGGAGGAGGAGUGGAGGGGACAUGGCUAUGGCCACAGGGAAGAGGAAGAGGAGGAUGACAGAGGGAGAGGGGGGUACGCAGAGCCUGAGGAUGAACCCAGGGCCACAGCAGACGCCUCCUUUUUCAGGUGGUUGGCCAUCUCUUAUGCCUCUACUCACCUGUCGAUGACAUACACUUCCCACGGCACCUGUCACGGCGAUGACAUCACUGGAGGCAUUGGAAUCGUCAAUCGCGCCAAGUGGCAGCCCGUCACAGGAAGUAUGAAUGACUUCAGCUACCUGCACACUAACUGUCUGGAGCUGUCAGUGUUCCUGGGCUGUGAUAAGUUCCCCCAUCAGAGUGAGCUGGUCAUUGAGUGGGAGAAGAACAGAGAGGCCAUGCUCACCUUCAUGGAGCAGGUGCAGCGUGGGAUCAGGGGCGUGGUAAAAGACAAUGAGGGGAACCCCAUCGCUAAUGCUACAGUUGCUGUAGAGGGGGUCAACCAUGAUGUCUCUACAGCUGUAACAGGGGACUACUGGCGCUUGUUGAACCCAGGUGAGUACCGUGUGACGGUGCGGGCAGAAGGCUUCGCCCCCCUGACCAAGCUGUGUGUGGUGGGCUACGAGGCAGGGGCAACUACCUGCAGCUUUAACCUGGCCAAGUCCAACUGGGACCGCAUCAAACAAAUCAUGGCCCUGCACGGCAACAAGCCCAUACGCCUGCUCAGUCACGGCAACGGCGGAACAAGACGGAACACGGUCUCCAAUGGUAACAGGGAUGUGGGGCCUCCGGCGGGAGCAGCCAUUGCUUAUUGGACGCGUCACAAGCAAAGGGAAGAUCUAGAGCUCGACCGCCCCCGUCAUCUACGGCAACAGAGACUGAUGAGAUCGACAAAAACGUUGCCCCCGACGACCACGCCGGUUCCCACGACAACAGAGGCGGAGCCCACCACUGCUUGGUACGACUCGUGGUUCAUAGGAGAGGGGCAAACGUCGGCACCGGAAAGUUUCACGGACUCCAUCUUGGAUUACAAAUACGAGUACAAGAUCGACGAUUACUAAACUAAACCCCAAGGCCUUGUUCCAAUACAUUUACAAUACAUCCUUCUUCCCCACUUCCUUGAAGAAAUCAAGGUAGGAAGGGAGGAAGUAUGCAUUCUAAAGUAUUUGAACAGGACCGAUGUCAUAGUCCUGAGCCCAGGCUGUUAACUCAAUUCUUAGAGUAGACAACUAAGUGACCCCUUAAAGGGAUAUUUGGGAUUUUGGCAAUGAUGCCCUUUAUCUACUUCCCCAGAGUCAGAGGAACUCGUAGAUAUGAUUUUUAUGUCUCUGUGUCAAGUAUGAAGGAAGUUCGAGUUAGUUUUGCAAGCCAAUGCUAACUAGCAUUAACACAAUGACUAGAAAGAUGCUUGCAGAUACCCAUAGACUUCCAGUCAUUGCGCUAAAGCUAGUUAGCAAUUGCGCUAGCGCUAGUUAAGAACUUCCUUCAAACUGCACACAGAUACAUAAAAAUGGUAUCCACGAGUUCAUCUGACUCUGUGGAAGUAGAUAAAUCCCAAAGUAUCCCUUUAAAGAACUGACAGGUAGGGGUAGGUUUAAGCAAAAUGCCUGAAACUCCAAUAACUCUGGUAGCCCCCCAGCCAUCCAUUCUUUCAGAUCAACAAAGGAGCUGCAAGAAGUGUUUAGGUAUAUCUGCAAAAACUGAUUAAAGGAACAAUGCAGUGUUGAAUGCAAGAACAGUCAUGUACACAAGCUAAUGUCAGUGGUCUGUAUAACUGCUCGAGUAGGUCUUUUAAUACAACGUUAACACACACAAAAAUGUCAGUUUAGAGUAGAAAAAUAGAACCACUGAUAUCUGGAAAAUAAAUGUUAUACCAAUUCAAUUUAAAAAGUUGUUGCAAAGCUUUCCUAGAGAAUGUACUUCAGAGAUCAUGUAGAUGUGGUGGUUGCAGAUUACGCACUUGUUUUACUAUCGCCUCCACCCUUGAAGAGUCAAAACAAAGAAUCAAAGUUUCUGUUUUUCUUAUAAAAGUGUGGAUUAAUUUACAUUAUUUUCACACAUUGACAGCAAAGUCAUAAUAUCGACAUACAGUAACUUUACAAAAUGUUUGUUGAAUAGUAAGAGAGUAAUCAAAAGAGAUUUUCUUAAAUGUUCCUCAUAAUUUAGCUGAGGAAGAGGAAAGUUAUUUUUUCAAUUAAUAAAGGCUUGUUUACAUACA